AGUGAUCGCGCCGCUGAACAAUCAUCCCUGCCUGAUUCAUGCACCGUGCCAUUGGCCUUUGUUUGCUCUCACAUCUGAUGUGGCCUCUGCUUUGGGUCACAUAUAAAACUCACCUGUACCUUGAAUAGGAAGAAGACCGGCUGGUGAUGCAGGACCCUGCCCAGCGGUAGCAAUGCAGACCUCCUUCUCGCACCUGGAUCUGGAGGCUGCAUGUAAACCAGGACGCGAGGAAGCAGGAAGCAAACCCGGCAUGUCCGAGAGCACCACAUCUGCGUAGGACCGAGGGGUGAUGCUGCCUCUGCCCGGCUCUGGAGCCCAGCUGCAGUGACUUGCUGAUGUGCCCGGCACCUUCCUUCUGUCUGUGCUUAAAUGGCACAGCACUGGAUCAGCACAUCUGAAGAGAAAGGCGUGAGAAGCAGAGCCCAUGGCCACGUUCCCCUGCCAGCUAUGCGGCAAGACAUUCCUCACCCUGGAGAAGUUCACGAUCCACAAUUAUUCCCACUCCAGGGAGCGGCCGUACAAGUGCUUGCAGACUGACUGUGGCAAAGCCUUCGUUUCCAGAUACAAAUUGAUGAGGCACAUGGCUACCCACUCUCCCCAGAAAUCUCACCAGUGCGCCCACUGCGAGAAGACGUUCAACCGGAAGGACCACCUGAAGAACCACCUCCAGACCCAUGACCCCAACAAGAUGGCCUUCGGGUGCGAGGAGUGUGGCAAGAAGUACAACACCAUGCUGGGCUACAAGCGGCACCUGGCCCUGCACGCGGCCAGCAGUGGGGACCUCACCUGUGGGGUCUGCGCCCUGGAGCUGGGCAGCACCGAGGUGCUGCUGGACCACCUGAAAGCGCACGCGGAGGAAAAGCCGCCCAGCGGAGCCAAGGAGAAGAAGCACCAGUGCGACCACUGCGAGAGAUGCUUCUACACCCGGAAGGACGUGCGGCGCCACCUGGUGGUCCACACGGGCUGCAAGGACUUCCUGUGCCAGUUCUGCGCGCAGAGGUUCGGGCGCAAGGACCACCUCAUCCGGCACACGAAGAAGACGCACUCGCAGGAGCUGAUGAAGGAGAGUCUGCAGGCCGGGGACCUCCUGAGCCCCUUCCACGCGGGGUCGCCUUCCUUCCCGCUGAAGGCCGCGCCCCUGUCCCCCUACCCUCUGGGGCCACCUGCGCAGAACGGGCUCGCGCCCAGCGUGCCCGCCGAGGCCCACAGCCUGCCCCUGAGCCCCGCGGAGCACAGCCCGAGCCCCUGGCCGCCCUGCACCCCGCGGCGGCGCCCAGCCCGCCUCCCGCGCCCCUGCCCAAUCACAAGUACAGCACCGGUUCUACCUCAUUCCCCGCGCUGGCCAGCCUGCCCCUCAAAGCGGACGCGAAAGGGCUCUGCAAUGUCAGUUUGUUCGAAGACUUGCCGCUGCCAGAGCCUCAGUCCCCUCACAAGCUGGGCCCCGGCUUCGAGCUGGCCAAGGCCGGGCCCGGGAAGGGCAGCCUGGCCAAGGAGCUGCCCGCGGAUGCUGUGAACCUGGCCAUCCCCGCCUCUCUAGACCUCUCCUCGCUGCUGAGCUUCUGGCAGCUGCCCCCUCCCGCCGCCCAGAAUGCCUUCGGGGGCGGCGCCCUCGGCCUGGGGCCCGCGGAGCCUCUGCCCCAUCGGCUGGGCUGCCUGGGGCAGCAGCAGCAGGAGCCGCCCCUGGCCGUGGGCGCCGUGGGCGCCGUGGGCCUGGGCCAGCUCCCCCUGCCCCCCAUCCCGCACGUGUUCACGGCCGGCCCCAGCACCGCCAUCCUGCCGCAUUUCCACCACGCCUUCAGAUGAUGACCUGGAUUUUCGAAGCGUGUUGUUUUUUAUUUUAUUUUGUGGUCUUACUCUGGAAGAUGUUUUCAGAAGCAUCUGAAUGAAACAUCAUGUACAAUACGGAGGAAGAUUUGGGAAACAGGACUAGGACUGUGGCUUAUUUGGUGAUGUCUGACUUGAGAAAACUCUCUACCUGCAUGUAUUGUGCCAAUCUGUCCUGAGUGUUCGAGCUUUGUACCAAAUUUCAUAAGUGCAUGUUCUUUAAUCGAACUGCAAAUACUGUCAUUACCAACAUCCAGAACCACGGCUGCUAUGUGUGUUUGUCAUAUUGAAUUUAAUUGUAAGCCAUGAUCAUCAUAAUGUUAACUAAAUAACGAUGUGGCACCGCCUAGUAAGGGAACCGUGGAAGCAUCCGGGUUUCUCCACGUUGGGAGAUGUUUUAAAAGUAAGAAUAUAACCUUUAUAUGGCAUCUUAUAACUAGGCUGUGUAUUUCUUUUCAGGGACUUUUCUACCUUCAGGGUUGGAUGUAGUUUAGUUACUAUUACCAUAGCCAACCUGUAGUUUUACAGAAACAACUCUUGGUGGGACAAUAGAUUUCUCCAUUUAAAAAAGCGUUUUAAAUGUAGUUUGAAUGUUUUCCACAUGAUGCUGCAAUGGGAGUUAUCACUUCAUUUAUCUUAAAGACAAAACUGAUGUCAGUUACCUCUGACAGAAAAAAAAAAUCACUGUGUAACCAGCUAAAGUGGUAAAAUAAUCCAGGCGUCAGUCAAAGGCAUUUUGCUGACUAUAAUACUGAUUAUAUUUUUAACAGGAAUUUAAGAGAAUAUUACUGGAAUUAAAUAUAUAUUAAACAAGAGUUUUCUUUGCCUAGCUUAACUACUCAAGCUGCUUAAAUUCCUAAGUAUUGUUUUUAAUUGCUAAUAGAUAUAUUUGUAAUUCAUCAGUUAAGUCAUUAUUAGCUUUUUUCAAAGAGAAUUUUGCAAUGUAACUUUAUGUAAUCUAUCUCUUGAAAUUGAUAUCUUGUUAAUGAGUUUUUUAAAAUGUAAAACCUUUUUACAGUCCUUGUCUUUUGUUUUUAGAGGCUUUUUUUCCA